UCUAAAUCCCAAUUGGUUUCGUUCUCCUCUCCUAGAUGUGUUACGGCCACCAACCACCGUUAACGCGGUGCCGCCGCCGAUCGCCGGACGGUGAGGAGGAAUCGAUCGUGGAGGAUCUUCGGGACCGUCUCGCUGAGACGGAGGCUCGGUUGCGGCGAUCGAGGGCGAGGGAGGCGGAGCUUAGCCGUCGGCUGGAUGAGAUGAAGCGGUUCGUAUCCGUCAUGGAGAUCCUCGAGACUUACCUGAAGCGGCGGUUCCAGGAGCAGAAAGAUCGCUUCGCUCGUCUUUUCUCCUCGAUUCCGGCGAAAUAGGAUGUUGCUGGUUCUGUUCGUGUUGCCUGUCACUCUUUGUCGUUUUGGAUAGUGUUUCGGUUUGUGAAUCUCAGCACCAAUGUCAAGGUGAUACGGAAAAAUUCUGGUCAUACAUAGGGGCACAAUUCGUGAAAAGCUCUAGCUUGCUUAAGUUCGUGGAGAAUCGAGCGAAAUGAAAAAAAGCUUUGUGCUUUUCCUUGAAAGAAAUGCUUUUUUUAUAUGUAGAUUUGAUCAUCACUUCAUGAAUCGGAGUAUGUAGCAUUUGUUUACCA